GGUCGGUAAGGAAGCCGAGAACUCGCUUUCCCGAUAGGCACCGCGGCACUUGAAGGCGCCAGCCUAAUUUCACUCCCUGCGGGCCCUCCCCCGUCCCUACUCCCUACCUCCACUUUCCGGCGUAGCAGUUUGGAAUAGGAAAGGAGACCCUUAUAAGAGAGCGCCUGUCCGCCUGAGCCACAACUACAGUUCCCAGAAUGCACCGGAAAAGCACUUGGGUGUCCCGUUAACGCCCCUCUUUCCCAAACUCGGCGGAGACCGGCAGCGGCUUCGAGGCGGAAGUAUUCCUCGGGGGCCUGGAGGGUUGGGGGACUUUUACCUACUUCGGUGGAACUGCCUGUGGGAUGUCGGUGCUGGAGGAGGUGAGGGUUGCAUAGGCUCAGAAAACUAUGAACACUUCAGAGAGCUGGGUCCUAAGUGGUUCCUCAUUAGCAUCCCAAGUUCAUGCUGCUGCUGUUAAUGGAGAUAAGGGUGCUCUCCAAAAGCUGAUGGCAGGAGACCGUGACCUGAAAGACAAAGAAGAUCAGUUUGGGAGAACCCCUCUCAUGUACUGUGUGUUGGCUGACCGUGUCGAUUGUGCAGAUGCCCUCCUGAAGGCAGGAGCAGAUGUUAAUAAAGCUGAUCACAGCCAGAGAACAGCACUCCAUCUUGCAGCACAAAAGGGAAAUUAUCGUUUCAUGAAACUCUUACUCACUCGUAGAGCAAACUGGAUGCAAAAGGACUUAGAAGAAAUGACUCCACUGCAUUUAACAACCCGACAUAAAAGUCCUAAAUGUUUGGCCCUUCUGUUAAAGUUUAUGGCACCAGGAGAAGUGGAUACACAGGACAAAAAUAAGCAAACUGCUCUGCAUUGGAGUGCCUAUUACAAUAACCCAGAGCAUGUGAAGCUUCUAAUAAAACAUGAUUCCAAUAUUGGAAUCCCUGAUAUUGAAGGAAAGAUCCCACUUCAUUGGGCAGCUAACCACAAAGAUCCUAGUGCUGUCCAUACUGUCAGAUGUAUCCUGGAUGCUGCUCCCACUGAAUCUUUGCUGAACUGGCAGGAUUACGAAGGGCGGACACCUCUUCACUUCGCAGUUGCUGACGGCAAUGUGACGGUGGUUGACGUUUUGACCUCCUAUGAAAGCUGUAACAUCACGUCUUAUGAUAACUUAUUUAGGACACCCCUUCACUGGGCUGCCCUACUUGGUCAUGCGCAAAUUGUCCAUCUUCUUUUGGAAAGAAACAAGUUGGGAACCAUUCCAUCUGAUAGCCAAGGAGCAACACCACUCCAUUAUGCAUCCCAGAGUAAUUUUGCAGAGACAGUGGAAGUGUUUUUGAAACAUCCCUCUGUGAAGGAUGAUUCAGACCUCGAGGGAAGGACAUCCUUUAUGUGGGCAGCGGGAAAAGGCAGUGAUGAUGUCCUUCGGACAAUGCUGAGCUUAAAAUUGGACAUUGAUAUCAACAUGACAGACAAAUAUGGAGGUACAGCUUUACAUGCAGCUGCCCUUUCUGGCCAUGUCAGCACUGUGAAAUUAUUACUGGACCAUCACGCUCAGGUGGAUGCUACAGACGUCAUGAAGCACACUCCUCUAUUCCGAGCCUGUGAAAUGGGCCACAAGGAAGUGAUUCAGACACUUAUAAAAGGUGGAGCAAGGGUCGAUCUAGUGGACCAAGAUGGCCAUUCUCUUCUUCACUGGGCGGCCCUGGGAGGAAAUGCUGAUGUUUGUCAAAUAUUGAUUGAAAAUAAAAUCAAUCCAAAUGUGCAAGAUUAUGCAGGAAGAACCCCCUUGCAGUGUGCUGCAUAUGGAGGCUACAUUAACUGCAUGGCUUUACUCAUGGAAAAUAAUGCAGACCCUAACAUACAGGACAAAGAGGGCAGAACAGCGCUGCAUUGGUCCUGUAACAACGGCUACCUAGAUGCUAUAAAAUUGCUACUCAGUUUUGCGGCUUUUCCCAAUCAGAUGGAAAACAAUGAAGAAAGGUACACACCUCUUGAUUAUGCUUUGCUUGGGGAGCACCAUGAAGUAAUUCAAUUCAUGUUGGAACACGGAGCUCUGUCAAUAGCAGCUAUUCAAGACAUUGCUGCUUUCAAAAUCCAGGCUGUCUACAAAGGGUACAAGGUCAGGAAGGCAUUUCAGGACCGAAAAAAUCUCCUAAUGAAGCACGAACAGCUGAGAAAGGAUGCUGCUGCCAAAAAACGUGAAGAAGAAAGCAAGAGGAAAGAAGGAGAACACCAAAAGGGAACGCUGAACCACAUGAAGGGCCGAACACAAGCACAGAAGCUUCCAGAGAAGCGAACCCCAGCCACCAGGCCUCCACAGCCGCCCAGCAAACCCACGAUUAUUCCUGGCAAACCACCAUUCUCCAGCAAUGCCUCUCCAAGCCGAAUGGGAAAAAACAGAGGGUCCCCAGGAGUGUCCCCAGACAUAGCAAACAGAAAAGAGCAAUUUCCUUCCACAGAAAAACAGGGAGAAAAUCACCAAAGACAAAAAGAAUCAACCAGAGAGCAUUCCAAAGGCAAAGUUCCUUCUGUCCACUUUGGCCCCAAUGAAAGGGAUAAUGAACACAAGCCUCAGGUGGCCAUUUCUAAGUCAGAAGGUGAGAAAAGCCAAGAAUCGCCAUCUCUCAGAGGAAAGGGUGUCCCAAGGCAUGCCUCUUCUAGUAAGGCAAGGGGAGCUGGAGAGAAGUUAGAAGAUCGGACGCGGACAGUGGCUUGUAGCGGUGAGCCCUUGGACAGAAUAGCAGCAAUGAGCUUGCCGAAUUCUAACUGCCCAGUUGGAAACUUGAGGCACCGCAAGCACCGCGAAACGGUAUCAAGGACCAAAGUGUACUCGAUGAAAAGACAAAGUAAAGAGCUAAAAGGAGAGAGGUGCUCUCCGGCUGGUUCUAGCAGGCCUGGAAGUGCCAAAGCGGAACCCUCUUACCCAGGGAAUGAGGCUUCAUGUCAUCGGGGACAAAGAAGCAGAGGGGCAGAUAAUGAAGUUGUGGGAAGAGUUUGCUCUGGGCUACCAAGUAAAACAGGAUUGGCAAGACCCGGGCCCAAUAACACAGGGAUGCACCCCAUGCCUGGUGACAGGCUGAACUCGGUGAAGACAAAAACAGCAAAUGCAGGUGAUCGUUUGUCCUCCCCAGUGGGGCAGAAUUUCAAUAUUGAACUUCUCCCAUUGGAGAGCCGGCUGAUGAUCAUUGAAAAAGAAAGAACAAGGAAAGAGUUGUUCCGGAAAAAGAACCACGCUGCUGCUGUGAUUCAGAGGGCCUGGAGAAGUUACCAGCUACGAAAGAAACUGUCAGAGCUUUGCAGCGCUCGGCGACGGGGUGAAGAAGGUGAAGACAAGUGGAGACAAGAGAGGGCCACCUUUCUCUUCCAGGUUGCCUGGAAGAAACAGCUGAACCCCAAGGCCUUGAAACCAGUCUCGUCCUGUAAAACUACCAAAUCUACCAGCAAGAGCAACUCGCUCAUCAAACAAAACAAGCAAACUGUCCUCCAACAGAUCUAUGGAUGCUCUCAGGAAGGGAAAGUACAUCAUUCCAUGAGACCUUCAUCAAAGCCUCCUCUCUCUGCGAUGCACCUGAUUUCAGUAAGCAACCUGCAGUAUGUACACUUGCUUGAGAAUAAUGGAAAAUCAAAGAACUUCUCUUACAACAUGAGACCAGCCACUGAGGUGAAAACAAGAAAUCAAAAAUCCAGUCACUAAAGAAUUGUCUUCAUGAGAGAUGGGACAACUAAAACAGUUGAUUCUGUUAGCAAAAUCACCAAAUUUUACAUUUCAGUCACUUUAAAAAAAUCUAGCCAUGAAAUGGGGCAAUGUUUACAGAAGUUCAAAACUGACUUCUGAGUAUGUUUUCUUGCUUAUGAGGUCUAAGCUGGAACAGUUUUUAUUACAGUUUAUUUUAUAAAUGUUCUCACUAUCAUGACUGGGAAACAUAGUUGUUACUAGGAUUAUUAAGCCUAUGCCAUUUCUCUGAAAGACCAUGCAGAUGAUAGUAUUUUUUCUCAGUCUACGUCAAUUUGGGGCUAUUUAUUAAAAUGUCAGGGAAGGAUGGUGAUUAGCAAAACAAGGAGUAAACUGUAUAAUGAUUGCUUGUGAGGCUAGGACUUCCCCCAUGAACUGCUGCUAUGAAAAUAAGCCAGAGUAAUAAUGCAUCCUAAAUAAAGUAAGCACUUUUAAAUGGUAUUGAAUGACAGUCCCGUUAAAUGAAUUCACUAUUGUUUCUAAGUCAGUAGCCUCAACACAACUUCUACCACUUUUGCCUCAUCCUGAGGUUCUCCUAACCCCAUUAAAACCUUCAGCUAUAAAGUUUCUCUUAGAUUAGAAGCAGGACCUGAAGUUCUAACUCCCUGUCUUCAACAAAAAAUAAUUUUAUUAAACUUUGAUUUUCACUUUGGCUAUUAGAUGGUAAUAAGUUAACAUUUAUAUAACACUUUAAAAGUUUGCAAAGUGCUUUACCUGUUAGCUCAUUUUAAUAUUAGUACCAUCGAACAGAUUGCUAACAGGUUGAAUGGUCAGGCCCAAAGAGUAAUCUCAUUCAGCAUGAACUUGGAAGGACUACAGUAGAAUACCUAAAGAUUUGUGUUAUUUAACAUUUUUGUUAACUUUCGCAAAGAAUUUUAGCACUUAUCACAGAGGCAAAAUAUUUUGAUGUUUAUAAGUGGAAAGAGUCAGGACAAGCCAUUUUUGUCCCCUAUAGAAUGUUAAAAGUUAAAAUCUAAGCUAAAACUUAGCAAGUUAAAAGCUUGUCAGGGAGAUACACAUGCAACUUAUCACAAUAUAAGUACUUAUGGACCAUGAAAUACAGACCCUUCAUUAUUAAAAAUGCACGUUUAAGUCAUAUCGAAAUGCCCAUCUCUAGUUGCUACCCUACUCCAGUGACCUCAUCUCCAAUGUUCACUGGUGAACAUCCCAACAGGGAAUGGGUUAAGCAAGAGAAGCUGUGUUCUUAACUUACACUUGUUUUCUCUGUCCUGAACCAGGGGAGGGGAGAAAAGAGGAAUUAUUCAAAUCAGAUCCAAAUUAGUAUUGGAAAUUUUACCAGUACUGGCUACUCACAUGACCCCUCCAGUUCUGAACUGUAUCCAAAAGUAUUUCUACACAUCCUAGGGGAACUAUUUGGUCAGAUACAAAUGAAUGAUGAAUAAGAGCAUAGAAUUCUAUUUUCUUUUUGAGAUGACUACUUUUAAUUGGGAAGUUUCCACAAGAAGGAAAAGAGAAGUGCUAGUGAACUUUACUACUUGUAUUUCCCAUUGAGUAAUUAUGACACAUUAACCACAGUAUGAGCUAUAAAAUGUUUUACCAACUACAGAUAGCUAGAAGAAAACUCUUCUCUGAAUGUAUAAAUCUCAAUAGUCUAGAUCAUCUAGAUUAACUGGUGAGAUGGCCAGUGUUACAGACAGAUGGCUACAUAGUGAUAAGACACUCUACCUUAAUGGAAUAAGAGAACAUUAUAGUACAGAAAAAUAAUAUGAAACCCACUAUCAGGAUUUUGUCACAGAAAAUGUUUGAAAUACAUAUCUCAUUUUAACAUCACACGUUGAAAAAAAAAUGAAACACAGUGACUGACUAAUGGAGUGGGGAGCUUCAUUGUAUAUAUAAAGACAAAAAGGAGCAAAUGGACUUGAAACUGUCGUGCUUUUGUUCAUUUCUCUAUUAUACAUAAUCGGUAGUGCCCUUUGAUAAGAGUAUUUUUUAAUACUCAAUAAU